AUGGUGAGGCCACAUCCGGCGGUUUGGAAGGUGAUGCACGGGCUGUUCGUCCUUUACCUUCUCUUCCUCGUGUUCUUACUCUGCCAGGAGACGAACGAUGCGAGAUCAGUGCUGCAGUUCUUAUCACUUGACCUUGGCGUAGAGCUGCCAGAGAGAGCGUACGGGGAGGACUGCAGGAUACACACCCCUGAGGACCCGGACUCGAGGUUCAGGGUGCUGCGAGACACUGUGUUUGACGAGUUCUUUGUCGGACACAUCCUGGGAUGGUACGGCAAAGCGAUCGCUCUCAGGAACAUGAAGCUGCUCUGGGCGUACUCGGUGCUCUUUGAACUGAUGGAGCUGACCUUCCAGCACUGGUUGAGGAACUUCAACGAGUGCUGGUGGGACUCAUGGGUGCUGGACGUGGCAUUUUGCAACUUUAUCGGCAUUCACUUCGGGAUGAUGACGGUGAGAUACAUGGAGGGCAGGAUGUACGACUGGACGGGGACAGGCAAAAAGAAACGGAGAAGGGGGCUAGCCGAUCGGAUCAAGCCAUUCCUCGCGGUGUUCACGCCAAAAACCUGGGAUACGUACUCAUGGAGCCCGACUUCGAGCCCGCUGCGCUUCUUACAGUGCGCGUUUGUUAUCAUCCUCUGCCUUGUGUUCGAGCUCAACGCGUUCUUCCUCAAGUACGUUCUGUGGAUUCCACCUCCGCACGUGCUGAACCACAUUAGGCUCGCGCUUUGGUUUGGUAUGGCGAACGUAGCCACGCGAGAGUACUACGUCUUCAUUACCUCAAGACAAGGCAUGGCAUUGACAAAGAUGGGUGCCAACGCAUGGCUGACAAUCGCUGUUGCUCUCGUGGAGAUCAUGAUCACAAUAAAACAUGGAAGGGGCAUGUUUGAAGCCCCUUGGCCGACACAUGUGCUCGUCUUCUGGUUCAUCUUUCUGGUAUGCACAGCUGUUUGGCUUGUGCGUUGGCAGUUGCAGCUGAGGACGUUGCCAAAGCGAGAAUGA